GUCAUGCUGAAGAGCGAGCGAGAAGACUAUCCCCCUGCUAGUCCCCUUCCACGCGUCCCGAGACUCCAGGACUGCGCAGCAUGACCGUCAAGAAGAUUGCGAUCUUCGGCGCCACUGGCAACACCGGGCUCACCACCCUGGCGCAGGCGGUGCAAGCAGGCUAUGAAGUGACCGUGCUGGUGCGCGAUGCAUCCCGGCUGCCCUCUGAGGGGCCCCUGCCUGCCCGUGUGGUGGUCGGGGACGUUCUGCAGGCGGCAGAUGUGGAAAAGACAGUGGCCGGGCAGGACGCGGUCAUCGUGCUGCUGGGCACCCGCAACGACCUUAGUCCCACCACAGUGAUGUCGGAAGGUGCCCGGAACAUUGUGGCGGCAAUGAAGGCCCAUGGCGUGAACAAGGUCGUGGCCUGCACUUCGGCCUUCCUGCUGUGGGACCCAGCUAAAGUGCCCCCUAGACUGCAGGCCGUGACUGACGACCACAUCCGGAUGCACAAGGUGCUGCAGGAGUCAGGCCUGAAGUACGUGGCUGUGAUGCCGCCCCACAUCGGUGACCAGCCGCUGACUGGGGCCUAUACCGUGACCCUGGAUGGACGGGGCCCCUCGAGGGUCAUCUCCAAACACGACCUCGGCCACUUCAUGCUUCGAUGCCUCACCACCAACGAGUACGAUGGACACAGAACCUACCCCUCUCACCAGUAUGAGUAGGGUGCUGGCCGAAGGCACCCUGAGGAUUGAAGAGCACCCAGGAAGGGAGCAAUAAAUCUAGAGGCGAGGCUAGAGCUUCCCAUUGUUCUAAAGAC